AUGACAGAAUGUACAGUGGCAGCUCCAGACUUACUGGACCCCAAAUCAGCCACCCACAACACCAAGCCCCGCCUCUCCUUCUCCACCAAGUCCAUCACGCUGACUCCACGAGAGGAAAGCGAGGUGGUUGCCACGGUGAUGAAAAGGAAGACUGUGACUGCCAUCUUUCUUUUGAUUGUCUUCUACCUGGUGAUGGGAGCGGCCGUCUUCAGGUCCCUGGAACAGCCUCAUGAGAGUGCUCAACGCUUGGCCAUCUUGACUCAAAAGUUGGACUUUUUAGCCAAACACCCCUGUGUCAACCACAGCCAGCUGGAGGAUCUGGUUAAGCAAGUCGUGUCGGCCAUCCGCUCGGGAGUGAACCCUGUUGGGACGCUCACCAAUCCCAGCAGCCUGUGGGACCUGAGCUCUGCCUUCUUUUUUGCCGGCACUGUCAUCACUACCAUUGGCUUCGGGAACAUCUCUCCUCACACUGAGGGCGGGCGAAUCUUCUGUAUCGUCUACGCUCUGCUGGGCAUCCCACUCUUCGGCUUCCUCCUGGCUGGAGUGGGCGACCAGUUGGGCACCAUCUUUGGAAAGAUCAUCGCCAGAGUAGAGAAGAUGUUUGUGCACUGGAACAUCAGUCAGACGAAGAUCCGAGUCAUAUCGACGUUGCUGUUUGUCCUCUUUGGCUGUUUACUGUUUGUGGCGCUCCCGGCAGUCAUCUUUCAACACAUUGAGGGCUGGUCAGCGCUGGAGUCGCUCUACUUUGUGGUCAUUACAUUGACCACCAUCGGAUUCGGGGACUUUGUUGCAGGAGGGUCGGAAAUCGAGUACUUGGACUACUACAAACCGGUCGUGUGGUUCUGGAUUCUGGUCGGACUUGCCUACUUUGCUGCCAUCCUCAGCAUGAUUGGAGACUGGUUAAGAGUCAUUUCCAGGAGGACCAAAGAAGAGGUUGGAGAGAUUCGGGCUCACGCGGCCGAAUGGACAGCCAACGUGUCAGCGGAGUUGAAGGAAACGCGCCGACGAAUGAGCGUUGAAAUUUACGAUAAAUUCCAACGGGCCGCUUCCAUUAAGCGCAAACUGUCGUCAGAGCUCGGGUUCAGCCCAGCCCCGGAAUUUGCGCUCCCACGGAGGACGGUGUCAGCCAAUCAUAGCGAGGAACGGGAAAAGAGCGACAAAGAGGCGGGGCUACCUGGGCUGACGUCACAUCUGACCCGAAACUGCGGCCUGUUUAUGAACGGUCUGGACCUGGAAAGAGGCGAUAUGGCCGUCAUUGAACACAUUAAGUGAAAGGUACUUUGUAGUGGGCCACCCAAAAAAAAGAUUCCCGAAUUAUGGGGGACAUUGUUAUCCUCCAUACAGAUUCCGUACAGUUUUUGGGACAAUUUGUGGGCGUCAAUCA